AUGGCUCAAAUUGAGGACCUCAAUGACUUCCAGCUCUUCCGCGCCUGUGGUCCCCUCUACCCGGCUUUCGCCAUUGAAAGCCUGACCAGCAUUCUGCUCGGCGUGUUCUUCUGCUAUUUGGCCCUGCGCAUCACAGUGCGCACUGACGUCAACGCGCCAGUCUUGGCCACCUAUCGCUGGGUUGUGGACUCAACCUCGGAGCCCCUCAACUUUUGGUGGAAGGAGAUGAAGACCUGGCCCGAGAUGAACAAGCGGUCAUUGGCAGACCGCAUCAAGCUGUGCCGGCUGCUGAACCUCGCCAUGUGCAUCGCGCAGGCCGCGGCAGCGUUCUUCAGUGUUCUCCGCUGGCUGCACAUCUCCAACGUGAAUGGCCUGCGUUACCUGGGCUACGCCUUUACCUGCGCGUUGAUGCAGGCAGAGCUUGUGGUGCUAAUUGCCCCAUAUGUGCCUUGCUACAAGUUCAACGUGGUGGGCGUCGUCAUCUUCACGCACGUGUGGCUGGUCCUGGGCUGGGUCGGCUCUUUGCAAUCCGGCUUCCUCUUCGAGGACUCUAGCUGGGAAUCGUUUGUGGAGAACUAUGAUUUUGAAGUGCUGAUUGUGACCAACAAGGGCUUGCUCAUUGCCGCGACAGCAGUCGGGCUGUGUGGCUUGAUGCUCGUGCAGAUGCCGUUCCUCUCGCUGAUUUACUUCAUUAAGGGCGGCUGCAAAGCUCACCCAGAUCUUCCGUACUACUACAUGCGGCUCAUGAUGACGGUCUGGUUCACUUGGCCGGCCUUCCCUGCCUGGUGGUUGGUGUCCGCGGAGGGUUUGGGCCUCCUGGCGGAUGCCAAGUCCAACUCUGUGGGCUUCGCCAUCCUCAACUGCAUCUCCAAGGGCUCCUUCACCUACUACAUGCUGAAGACUGGGGCAGACCAUAAGAAGCGUUGGGCCAAGCCGCAGGGCGACGCAAGCAAACCCGUGGAGGCCAACUGGAUGGUGAGAAAUCUCAAGAGCUACGACUCCCAGGGUGUGCUGAAUGUGAAGGCGGAGCACUCUCUUGCCGAAGGCGUGAAGGAUGAGCCGGAGAAUGCGGAGCAAACUUGGGUCUGA